CUAUACAGAGCAGCGCUACUCUUGUGAAACCACCACCACCGUUUCAUUGAUUCACAGACUUUAAACACACAACAUGCAAACAAGAAGGUAAUGACAGGUCUCAUUGUAACUAUAUUAAUAACAAUUGCCUGUGACAGUUAAGCUCUACUAUAUCUCAAAGGAGAGAUAUCAACGGUGUCUCUGAAGGGAACUUGGAUACAACAUCUAGGAUCUUUUUUUCUCCACUCUCUAACACUUAUAGAUCAUCAUCUACUGUGUAUUUUUCUAUUCGGAUACCUGCACGUUGCCAUUUAUGUCAGACUAAAUAACUGCUAUGACAGGGAAACUGGCGGACAAGCUCCCUCUUACAAUGAGCAGUUUAAUAAACACGAUUCCUGACAGUCUUUACCCAGAAGAGGACAUUCCGACGUCUAUGAACAUUUUCACCAAUACGGAUUCUAUAAACCACUACUCGCAAAUGAAUACAGAUAAUAUCAUGGAUCUGGGGAUGGGAAGUGAUAAGGGAAAUUCAGAGAUCCAGUACGGCUCUAGCUUCCAGUCCAGCCGCAGCGGGCAGCCGGUCACCUAUUUGGGGAAGUUUGCCUUCGAUACUCCUCCGUCGGGUGGAAUGGGGGGCUCUGGCUGGUGUUCAGACAACAAUAUCAUUAGUUUAGUAAGUGCUGGGAUCUUGGGCGUCUCCCCGUCGCCUGGAACUAUCACCACACAGACAUCGUCCUCUGGAGCCAGCAUGGGCGGCCAGUCCUCAGAUAUGGAGCAGGUCUAUGGUCCGCCACUGCCUGCUUAUUCCACCUGCAGCGAGCUGUACCAGGAUCAGGUCUCCUUCCACCACAGUCCUGCUACCAGCACUACCCUCGGCUACCCCAGCAAUGACUACCACACCACCUCCAAGCCCUCCAUGGAUGGGAGCCUUUUCUCUAUGAUCCCAGACUAUAACCUCUUCCAUCAUCAGGGUGAGGUUGGCAUGAUGGAGCACAAGCCUUUCCAGUCCAUGGACCCCAUUCGUGUCAACCCCCCACCCAUCACACCACUAGAGACUAUUCGCGCAUUCAAAGACAAGCAGAUUCAUCCAGGUUUCAUGGGCGGGCAGCAGCAUGCUCCUCAGCACCACCAGCCACCACAGACACUAACACUCAAACCAAUCCGACCACGGAAGUACCCAAACCGGCCCAGCAAAACCCCUGUGCAUGAGCGGCCACAUGCCUGCCCAGCAGAAAACUGUGACAGACGCUUCUCCCGUUCAGAUGAACUGACACGCCACCUCCGCAUCCACACGGGUCACAAACCCUUCCAGUGCCGCAUAUGUAUGCGCUCCUUCAGCCGAAGCGACCACCUGACUACCCACAUCCGCACGCACACGGGCGAGAAGCCCUUCUCCUGUGAAUUCUGUGGACGCAAGUUUGCCCGGAGUGAUGAGCGCAAGAGACAUGCCAAAGUUCACCUCAAGCAGAAGGACAAGAAGCCGGCCGACAAGGGGAGUGGAGCGGCUGGCAGCCACAGCUCACCCCCCAAUUCCUGUGGUGGCAGUGGGGGGCCUAGCAGUGGCAACAUCAUGACUGUCACUACCUGUGCUUAGGAUGGACCAUCACCAUGCCCUAACAUAAGACUGGGGAGGGAAGGAUCCUAUCCACAAUGAGACAAAUAGGUGACUCUUUCUCUCUCGUUUUCUCUUACACUCCAUCUCUUUAAAUUUUUAUUUCCAUGUAAUAUUUCCCUCCUCUAUUUGGAGAUGUCAUCUUGUAAGAGUAUGGGAAGAAGAGGACAUAGACGGGAGAGACAGCAACUGUGUGAAUGUUUGCAAGCAGAGGGGCAUCAUGGCACCGGCUGUCCAAGAGGACAUGGCAUAUCUUUGAUAAUGAAAUUCAAGUUUCUGAAGUCAUACUUUAUCAUGUAUUGUGUUUUCUGAGAAAUUCACCAAAAAUCUUGGAUGUGAUGGGAUCCAAAAAAAUUAUGAUUUGGGUUUAGAUUGAAUUACAACUGGGCGUAGAAUAAGGUGAGCUAUGUUUGGGAUGUAUGCAUUUAUUUCAUCUGGUUGUUUAAAAGUGCAAUUGGUUGUAUUUGUGUACUGUUGUUGAUACCUUAUUUGCUGCACUUUCCAUUGCCUUGUCUUUUUGUUGUAAAAUACUUUUUUACACAUAUUUUUUAUUAUUAUUAUUGUUUCUCAAAAGAAUGUGCCAAACGUUUUGGGAUAAUACUGCUAAAUUUGUUUUCUUAAUUGUGCCUGGGAUUAACCAAACAUUACAAAUACAUAAACUAUGUUUCCAACGUUGAUUUAAGGUAGAUUGUUAACAUUAGCCCCAAAAUACUAAAACUUGUUAUUUUAUUAUAAUUUGAGCAAUUAUAAGUAUCACAGUUACAACUCAGUUGGUCAAAAUUCUUUUGCUAUAAACUCAAAAACAUCAGCAUAAAACAAACCCACAUGAAUAUUGGUUUUGUCCAUUCAAACCCGAUCCUGUGUUCAAUGGACCAGUCUUUGGUGGUAAUCUAUUGUCGUCUGAUGCACACUAAAUAAAAUGGAUUGCAACAUUAAUGUUAAAUCUUCAUGAACUGAUGAAGAAUGUAACAUAUUCACUACAAAUUACACAAAUCCAUGACAGAAAGCUUAUCAAGAUACCCAAGAUAAAACAAAAAUCUAUAUUUUAAGUUUAGUGCUUAUGUUUCUUAAAAAAUAUAUAUAUAUUACCGUCUAUCUUCCAAGGGUUCCCCUUGGUCACAUUUAUAUGUGUAUUUAAAGACACACUCGACCAAACUUGAAGUGAAAUGCUAAGAGCGCAGAGAAUAAGACUGAAACAUUGAAAUACCUGCAUCUAUACUACAAGUCAACAUUUCUGAAUAACAGCAGAGAUGAAGAGGGCCUUUUAUCUGUGCAUUCACUGAGAGACCUGCCAGUUAUAUUCAUGUAAUUAGAGAUAUUGUAAAAUAAAAUGUUUUGCAUAUUGUUACAAUGAGCAACAUCUUUAAGAAAUACUAUAGAAUCUACAUGGUAUUGCCAUGUUUACACCUGCUAUUUUGAGAGAUCCUGAAUUUAAAAUGGUUAUUAUUUUUUGUAUAGUGAGAGAUAUAUACAGGUACUUCAACUUUUAUACUCAGACUGUCAAAGGCACCAUAUACUUCAGUAUUAAAUUGUGCAUUUGUAUGCAUGUGUAUGUAGAAGUACAAUAUAUAAAAACAAAUGUAUACAUA